AAAUAAAGGCUGUCCGGAGGAGCGAUGUGGGAGCGCGGCGGGGCCGCCAGAGAGGCGGGGCGGGCUGCCUGGGUUGCGAGACAGUUCAAACUUUCCCCCCCCUUUCUUGCUUCUCUUUUCUCAGCCCUUUACCCUGACGAGACCAAGACACCGGGAUUGCUUGUGAUGGUUUUCUUUUGCGCUUUUCCCUUUUUUUUCCGGGAGGGGGGGCGGAAGGACGACUCUCCCCCCUCUUCCCUCUUUUUACGGGGGACCGACUUUCCCCGCUUUUAAAUGUUGCCCUUAUUAAGAGCCGGGGAUGCCCGCCGCGUACCUGGUGGGUUUUUUUCCCAAAAAAGAAAGAAAGAUUCCUCGCCGAGCGCCGUCGCCGUAACUUUUUAAGGAUUUGAAAGCCGUUUUUCUCCUCUCGUUUUAAUUUUUUUUUCCGCUUUUUUGCACCCCCCCAGCCCCCGCGCCUCCUUUGUUUCCAAGAAAAAAAUUUAGAGGAAGUGAGAAGAGGGGGGUGAAGGAAAAAAAAAGGCCUAAUCCGAGCCAGAGAAAGGACCCAUCCGCAACCGAGUAGCUUUAUCCUUUUCCCCACCACCUUUUCUUCCGAAGGAAAAACACGCAUCCCGCAAGAACGGCGGCAAAAAAGAGCCGAAGAGUCGCGCUGCAAGGCGAGGGAGAAGAAGCCGACGACUUUAAAAUCCGAGCGAAGACAGCCUGCAGCGGCUGGCGCGGACGCCGGCGGGCUCGAGAGCGCUGAACGCCGGAGGUUGGACCUAAAAGAGGCGAGCCGGAGCCGGAGCGUGGAUCAACGGCCAGCCGGACCGAUGUCAGCCUCGGGGAUUUAGAUUUUGGUCCCCUUUUUCUCCUCCUCCGUCCCCCGCGAGCGCUUCGUUUGGGAGGCAGAGAUUUACCGUCCCUUAUUCUUUCCGCCCGCCUGCCCAGCGAGGAACGCUUCUUUCCCUGUCCUUGCCGUCGCCCCUUCUCCGUACCCCGACACCGAUUUCUCCGGUGUGCCGGCUCUCCAGCUCCUUCCUCCCCCCCCCCGCCCCGCUCCCAAAGUGCAUCGUUGCGGCGGGAAGCAUGGACGAACAAUCGCGGAUGCUGCAGACGCUGGCCGGCGUGAACCUGGCUGGCCACGCGGUGCAAGGGGGCAUGGCUUUGCCGCCUCCCCACGGGCACGAGGGCGCCGACGGCGACGGCCGCAAGCAGGACAUUGGCGACAUCCUCCACCAGAUCAUGACCAUCACCGACCAGAGCUUGGAUGAGGCGCAAGCAAAAAAGCACGCACUCAACUGCCAUAGAAUGAAGCCCGCUUUGUUCAGUGUUCUGUGUGAAAUCAAAGAAAAAACAGGUCUCAGCAUCCGAGGGGCACAAGAGGAAGACCCCCCAGAUCCGCAGCUCAUGAGGUUGGACAAUAUGCUUCUUGCGGAAGGAGUCUCGGGUCCCGAGAAAGGCGGCGGAUCGGCGGCAGCAGCAGCAGCCGCGGCGGCCUCCGGAGGAUCUUCAGAUAACUCAAUCGAGCACUCAGAUUACCGAGCCAAAUUGACGCAGAUCAGACAGAUCUACCACACCGAGUUGGAGAAAUAUGAGCAGGCAUGCAAUGAAUUCACCACCCACGUGAUGAACCUCCUCCGGGAACAGAGUCGAACACGCCCCAUUUCCCCCAAAGAGAUAGAGAGGAUGGUGGGGAUCAUCCAUCGGAAAUUCAGCUCCAUCCAGAUGCAGCUCAAACAAAGCACUUGUGAAGCGGUCAUGAUCUUGAGAUCCCGGUUCCUUGAUGCCAGGCGAAAAAGGCGCAACUUCAGUAAACAAGCCACAGAAAUUUUGAACGAGUAUUUUUACUCACACCUCAGCAACCCCUACCCAAGCGAAGAAGCCAAAGAAGAGCUGGCGAAGAAAUGCAGCAUCACGGUAUCACAGGUAUCCAACUGGUUUGGGAACAAGAGAAUCAGGUACAAGAAAAACAUAGGGAAGUUUCAAGAGGAAGCCAACCUCUACGCUGCAAAAACCGCUGUGACAGCAGCACACGCGGUGGCUGCCGCUGUCCAGAACAACCAGACCAACUCGCCCACCACACCGAACUCUGGUUCUUCCGGUUCUUUUAACCUUCCUAAUUCUGGGGACAUGUUCAUGAACAUGCAGAGUCUGAAUGGGGAGUCUUACCAGGGGUCCCAAGUGGGAGCCAAUGUGCAAUCACAGGUGGAUACCCUGCGUCAUGUUAUCAAUCAGACGGGAGGAUACAGUGACAGUUUGGGAGGAAAUUCACUGUACAGUCCACAUAAUUUAAAUGCAAAUGGAGGCUGGCAGGAUGCAACCACUCCAUCUUCUGUGACUUCUCCAACAGAAGGCCCGGGAAGUGUGCACUCUGAUACCUCUAACUAAUCUCACAACAGGCCCCCUCCUCCCUGCUGUUCUGCCCCGCCCUACGCUGAGAUGCCUUCUUCUCUGUUCGUUCAAAAUCCCAGAAGGAAAAGACAAAAAAGAAAACCUCAAAAGAAAUGUCUUCAUAGCCCAUAAUGGAGGGCUUUACUGUUAAACCUUGUCGUCCUGCAAAAUUGGUAUCCAUUUUGUGUUGUUGAGAUUAUUAUUAUUAUUAUUAUUUUAAAAAAAGACUUUUUUUUUUGGAAGGUCUGAUUUUAACCCUUUGUGUCUGGAAUUCAAUCUCACAGAGAGGUGCACCCUCACCCAAUAUUAAGGAAAAAAUAAACAACCAAGCACUUUAUCCAGCUAGGCCAAGAUUGCGCAUUGUUUUGUAGCCCUGUAACUGUUUUAAGGAUAUAAUUUAUUAUCAAGCAGAUUCUUAAGGAUGGCCACCUAGUUGUUGGUUUCUUGAGUUGAAAAGGUAACUAAAGACGCAUUCUUAAGAACAACCCAAGUAUCAGAGCCAGACUGAGCUUGGGGUUGAGGGAGGGAAGGGCUGGGAGGCCUUCACCCAACUGAAGUUCCACUGCAAUUGGAAGCCAGUCGCCCCACCUCAGUUGUGCCCAAUCUCCUAGAGCAGGGUGAAAUUGCUUUUCUCAAAACUCCCUUGGUUUUCUGCUGAUUUUGUCAGGAUCCUUCCUUUAACCAGGAGCGACGUAGCCUUUUUCCCUACCCCGGCACAGACAAUCCGUGUGAGGCAGAGACACCCGGGUUGCCAAGUUUCACCCUCCCAAGUUUUACCGUCCACUGAGUGCAUCUGCCAGGUUUGGCCACCGCUCCUUCGUGUUGGCAAGAGGCCAAUUGGCACUAUUCUCUGGAGUGUUGUAUAUAGUGUAGCAAAAGAAUAUUUAUACAUCUCACCAAUCAAAACACAGCUUUAUUACCUCAUGCGAACUCAUACAAACCAAUAGACUCAUUCUUAGCUUAGAGUGCUCACUACUACCUCUAAACCAGCCUUCACCAACCUGGGACCUUCCAGAUGUGUGGAACGAUAGCCUCCCCCGUCACCAGUCAGCCGUGUCUUCUGUCUGGGGACGAUGGGAGUUGUAGUCCAACACACCCAGAGGGUGCUGGGUUGAGGAAGUCUGCUCUAAACAAUACUCACGCUGUAGUUUCUUUUUUUCCCCCCCUCCCCCUCUUUCCUCUUCUUUAACCCCUUCCCUCCUUUUUUUGAUAGUUUAUUUUACCAUCUUGUAACAAAAUCUUGGGUUCUCUCCAUGUAAUGUACAUUGUAAUCUUUUAAAUAAUAAGGAAAAGAAAAACGUUUUUAAAAAAAAUCCAGGUUGCGUUCGUGACUUUUGAAGAAAAACAAAAACAAAACCUGAUUAUAUAUAUAAAUAUAAAUAUAUAUAUAUUAAAAACAAAAACCCGGACACAUGAAAGCUUUGAAGUGGAAACUUUGGGUUCAACGCUAAACAGUCAAACUGUUUGUAAAUAUGGAGAAACAUUUUGAAUGUUCAUUCAUCCUGUUACUAUAUUAAUUCACGCAAAAGAAAAAGAGAAAAAAAAUGAAACCAAUAAUGGAUUGUAAAGCAGACAGUUCUUGAUAUUCAGUAUAUUUCACCCUGUAUAAUUAGGGAAAUGGGUGGGUGGGUGCCCUUUUUUUUUUGUUCUUUCUUUACCUUUUCUCUUUUAUAUAGUAUGUGAUUCUGAAGCUGAUUGGCUCAAUAAAAAAAAAAUUGUGGCAGUGAUUCUAAUGUAUUAAACCGUUUGGUGUUACUUUCUAACUGGAUUACACCCUGAACUGAAGUCUUCCUCGUGGUAGUUCUAUGUAGUUUCGAACCAUGAAUAAACCUUUUCCUUUCAUGAA